AUGUGGAAAAUAAAAUACCUAAAUAACCUGACAAAGGGAUAUUUUAAUAAUAAGGAGGGAAUAAGAUUGUGUAAAUAUUGUGAAAAAACUAUAACAUAUACCCCUAGUUACAAUAAAAAUGGAAAUAUAAAGAGUAAUUAUUGUUCCAUAUUGGGGUAUAAAAAAAAUUAUUACCAUGGAAUAAAUUCAGAAAAAAACUUGAAUAAUAUUUUAAAUGAGGUUGAUAAAAUUCUGAACGGCAAUAAUUUUACUGUAUACAUAAAAAACAAAGAAGAAAAUAAUGAAAAUAAAUUAUCACUAAAAAAAGAGAAUGAAAUAGACGUGUUUAAAAUAUUAAAUAUAUUAAAUAAAAUAAUAAUCUUAAUAAAAGAAGAAAAUGAUGAAUUUCGAAUAAAUGUAUGGAAAAAUUCAACAUUUAAAAAUCUUUUGUCUUAUAUUAAAUUAAAAAUUUCGAUUUUUAAUUAUAAUGAAAUGUUUUUAUUUAUAUUAUGUUUUUCAAAAAUACAAUUUAUUCCCCAAGUUUUGCUUGAAGAAGUGUUAGUAAAGCUAAAUGAAGAAUCAUAUUUAAGUAAUUUUUUUAAAGACGAUGUUAAUAAAUUUGUUCAGUUUAUUUUUAUUUUUUCAAGUUUUAAAAACUUAAAAAAUGUAGCAUCACGUCAAGAUUUUCUACAAUUUGUAACCGAAUAUAUUAAUGUGAUAUUAACACAAGGAUUCAGUAAUAAUAAUAAAAAUGACCAAAAUAAUAAAAAUGACCAAAACAUUAUUAAUAAAAUAAAUUUAGAUUGUUACAUGCUUUUAUCUUCAGCAAUGUAUAACAUGAAUAUAAAGAACGAAAUGGUAUUACAUGAAAUGUGUAAUGAAAUAAUUUCUCUUUUAAAUCAACAUAAAAUAGACGAAACUUUUGAUGAUAGAAUUAAUAUAGCAAAAAAAAUAAUUAACAUUUAUUUUUCAUAUUCAUCUCUAGGCUUUAAUAAUUAUUAUUUUUAUGAAAAAAUAAAUUCAUUUUUAUAUAAUGUAAUAGAAGAUGUACCUUUGUCAAGCUCUUUAACUUUAUUACUUACAAUUUCGACACUAAAAGAAAAAAAAAAUUAUAAUUUUCCUUUAUGCUUAUUAUCAAUAAUAGAGAAUAAAUUUAUAAACAAUUUUUAUGCAUUAGAUCAAAAAGAUUUAUUAUUGUUAAUAUAUUUAUUUACUUACCUAAAGCUGUACAUGUCAAAUUAUGAACAAUAUGUGUGCAUGCUGGAUUAUUUAUUUAAUGUUCAUAAUUUUGAUUUGUUAAAAGAUUGUGAUAUUUACGAUAAAGCAAAGCUAGUUCAAAUAUAUUUUUCUUUAAAAGGAGGUAUCGAAUACAAAAAAGGAAAAGACAAUAUAUCACAAAUUAAUAUAUUUGAAUUAGAAGAAGACAAUACAUCAAAACAAACCAAAAAUUUUGACGAAAAUGAGAACCAAAUUUACAAUGAUAAUAAAAAUGAAAUAAAAAAUAUAAUUUUAAAAGAAUUACAUAAUAAAGGUAUUCUUCAAAAAAUUGAACAAAAUGUAAAUGGAAAUAUGGAAAUAAAAGAAAUAGCGAUUGAUGAUGAAGACAAUUUUAAUGAAAAAAAACAUGAACAUGUGCAGGAAGAAAUUGAAAUAAUAAAUAAAAUAAUAAAUGAUAAAAUUAAUAAUAAAAUAUUUAAAGUUAAUAAUAUAAAAAGAAAUAUAUAUAUAAAUAAUUAUUAUUUUAGUCAUUUAUAUUUGCAUAUAGAAAAAGACCAAAAAUCUAACAACAAAAUAUAUGAUAAAUAUGUUAUUAAUUUAUGCACAAAUGAAAAUACUGACCAUUUUGACAAAAUUGAUAUAUAUACAAAUAUGAAAAGAGAACAUUUAUUAGAUUUGCACAUAAAAUAUAUUCCAAUUGAUUUGUUAAAAUGGAAAAAUUUAUCUCAUCAUGAAAAAGAAAAAUUACUCAUCCAAAAAUUGAUUGAAAAAAAUGAGCAUGUACAAUAUUUUGCAUGA